CCGCUGCCCUUCGCAGACAAAGACGCAUGGGAAUUGCACCGAGCGCUAUACAAGUCGGUGGUGUUGGGGAUGUUCCGGUUCUUCGUGGAUCACGAAGAUCACUGCAUCGGGGAGCACUUCGUCGUUUAUUACGUCAUCACGCGGCCCAAGCCAACGCAGAAGGAGGGGACGGUGGUGUUGUACCCAUUUGCCCAGCUCCAGACGACCGAUCCGGGAUUGUUGGAACUCAUACAUCUUGAGCUCCUAUCCAUUGCGCAAGUGAUCGCGAGCGAGGAAGAGGAGGUCCAGCCACGAUUGCGAACGGCGGCUGCCCCACGGAGAACGUACAACGCGGUCGUCAUCCCGGAUUUCAUUGUGCAGCGCAAGGAGAGGUUGGAGGACUUCCCUGAGGAAAAGUCGCUGCGACCUCCCUCGUCGUAUCCCAGACCUGCACCGCCAAAGGCCCCCAAGAAGAUGCCGAAGAGGAAGGGACGCCACCCAUCGCCAGGAGCGCAAGGUAGCCGAAUCGGUGGCGGCGAGGAGGUGGUUCAGCCUGUGCGCACGUGGAAUCUCGGCCCGGUGCCUGGGAGUGCGGAGACGCUGGUUAAGGAGGUUGUCGUGCCAUCGCCGCCCUUCCCGCACGUGCCCGAUCUCAAUCUCGAUGGAGCCAGGCCAUCAGCCGCAGCAGCCGGAGGAGGAAGCCGAAUGGGAUUACCGGAUCCCGUAUCUAGAUCCCCCGUCCUCAGGGGACCUUUCCGCUUCCGCCAGCCACCCCGGAGUGCCCCAAUCAUUGACAUUAGUAGUUCCUCCGAGCCGGAACGGUCCAUCCGACCGAGGAUCUUCACAAUUCGUGUUGGCUUGCAGAUUCUCUAUCAUUCAGCCCUGUCAUGUGCAACUCCUUGCUUCUUUGAUGACGCUACCAUGGUCCGCCAAAUCUUGCCUGGUCUUGCCUCAUCACUAGAAAUCGAGGAGAGGGUGAUGGAGCGGUCUAGGCCAUUUAGUUGGGAGGGGAGGAAAGAAGUCGGAGGCUUCAUCACCGAGAUCGACAAAGCGGACGAUUCGGUGCACUCGAGGGAAUCGAUGGUUGGGUCGAAAAUGGGAGAGGAGAUAGUCGGGAAAUAGGGUCGGGAUAGUCCGGAGGAUAUUAUUGCGUAGAGAUUCAUAGUUUUCUACCGCGGGAAAAGUUCCGGAGACGAUGCAAUACAACUC